ACAAAAAAAAAACAGAAAAGAAAAUGAACGACGGCCAGCCGUUUGUUCUGCCGUCAUGCAAUAAUUUUUGUCAUUUAUGAAUUUGUCGAUAAUAAAUAUUUUAGAUGGUGUCGUCUACUUGAACUUUAGAAGAAAUAUAGUGUAACAAUGUGUUAAAUAUUUCGUUUCGGGUAGUUCAUUGUCGUAGUUCUUUAUGAUUAGUCUGUGACAAGUUCGGUAAUGGUGGCCAUGUCAUGAAAAUCCCGACAGCCAUGGAUGAUAGCUCCGUAUCUCAUCACAACGGAGGGCAAGUGGGAUCUCAAAUAGGAGUCAGUAUAAAUAACAAGCAAAAUGAUGAACCUAGUCAAAGUGUCCCGUACUCGAUACCGGGCAUUUUGCAUUUUAUCCAACACGAAUGGGCGAGAUUUGAGCUUGAAAGAUCACAAUGGGAGGUGGACAAGGCGGAAUUAGAGGCGCGGAUCGCCUUCCUCCAAGGCGAGAGGAAGGGUCAAGAGAACCUGAAGAAUGACCUGGUAAAGAGGAUCAAGAUGCUGGAGUACGCGCUGAAGCAGGAGCGGGCCAAGUUCCACAAGCUGAAGUAUGGAGUGGAGCUGCAGCAAGGGGACGUGCGCCCGCCGGCGGACGAGUCCCAAGCGGAGCCCGAGCCAGCCGAGCGAGCGCAGUGGAAGCAGGGCCGGCAGCUCAUCAAGCAGUACCUACAGGAAAUAGGUUACACGGACACUAUACUGGACGUUCGCUCGAAUAGGGUGCGUACACUUCUGGGGCUCAACAAUGAGGAGCAGCAGCAAGAGGACCCCAACUACAGGAAUUACGACAAGCAGCAGGUGCGGUAUCAGAUGAACCAGCGCAAGUAUGAUUACGGUCCAGACGAGCGCAAGAUGGCGGCGGGCGGUGCGGGCUACCCCGACGAGGGCCUCUCCGUGCAGGAGACGGCCGCCGUGUUCGCCAACUUCGAGUUCCUCGCCAACCAGGAGAUGGACAUGGACGAUAUAGACGAUCUGGACGCCAGCAACAAGCAAUCUCAACAUGCCGCCUCUAAAGGUGAGGAGGUGGACCACGAGGCGGAAGAGGUCCUCAACGAGCUGAACCUGCUGACGGAGAGCGAGCCCGACGCCGGCGCGCAGGGCGACGACUACAACACAGUGAAAUACCCGAAGUCGGGCCCCGGCGAGGCGGAGCAGCCGCUGGCGCUGGGCGAGCUCGCGGCUCUCUCUGUCAGCAACGAGCCCGAGGCGUACGACGCCGCCGCCAGCAAGGAGACCUUCCGCAAGACGUGGAACGCCAAGUACACGCUGCGCUCGCACUUCGACGGGGUGCGAGCUCUAGCCUUCCACCCCACCGAAGCGGCUUUAGUAACCGCGUCCGAAGACCACACUCUCAAACUCUGGAACCUGCAGCGGACGAUCCCGGCCAAGAAGUCUGCGGGAUUGGACGUGGAACCGCUGUACACAUUCCGAGCUCACACCGGGCCAGUGCUGUGUCUCGCGAUGGGAGCCGCCCGGUCUGAAGAGUGCUUCAGUGGCGGGUUGGAUGGAACCAUUCGCGUGUGGAAUCUGCCCCCGCCGACGGCUGACCCGUAUGACCCGUAUGAUCCCGCUGUGCAGGGCCCAACCCUAGCCGACCACACGGACGCAGUCUGGUCCCUCUCCAGCUCGGGCGGCCGCUUACUCUCAGCCUCGGCCGACGGCACGGUGCGGCUGUGGGCGCCGCGAGCUCCACGCCCGCUCCUCAGCACCAUGCGAGCUGAUGAGCUGGGAGUACCGACGGCGGCUGACUUCGCUGAUGCGGCUACCAGGGCGGCCGUCACGCAUCGCGACGCGUUGUUGCUUUAUGAUCUGGAGACUGGACAGCCGGUGGUGCGCAUCGGAUGCGAGUCGCCGGCAAGCCGCGUGCGCGCGCACCCCACCCUCCCGCUCGUGGUGACGGCCCACGAGGACCGGCACAUCCGCUUCUGGGACGCCGUGUCGGGCCGCUGUGCCCACGCCAUGGUGGCCCACCUCGACGCCGUCACCGGCCUGGCCCUAGACCCCAACGGACUGUUCCUCCUCUCCGGCUCCCACGACUGCUCGGUCCGGCUCUGGAACCUCGACACUAAGACCUGCGUCCAGGAAAUCACUGCGCACCGCAAGAAGUUCGAUGAAAGCAUCCUGGAUGUCGCCUUCCACCCGCUGCGGCCGUACAUCGCCAGCGCCGGCGCCGACGGGCUCGCCAAAGUCUUCGUCUAACGCGUAUACAUAUUUAUAUAUAAAUAGUAUAUAUAUGUUUAUGUAAUUUUACUUUCGAUACGAACUCUAACGUUGUGUGGGCGGUUCUGUGUCUAGUCGUUGCAGCGCUGCGCUAGCGGAGUAGGAAUGUAUCUGAUCAAAAUUUAUACAUCUACAGUGUACGUACGGAUGGUGUCGUAAGUUAAUUUAUACAUCUACUGAGUGCGUACGUCGGUGUCGUAAAUUAAUUUAUACAUCUACUGAGUACGUACGGACGGUGUCGUAAGUUAAUUUAUACAUCUACUGAGUACGUACGAUGGUGUCGUAAGUUAAUUUUUAUCGUAUUUAAAAUUGUAUUGUAAAGCGGAGGCGCGUCCCGAGGCGUGUAGUGAACACUCAUUAUGUAUAGACAUUUAAAAUCUAUAAUAUAUUCUUAGAUUUUCAGUACGUGGAUUUUAGGUUUUUAUUGCAAAACUUUUUCACCAUUUACUAUACGCAGUGAUGAUUGUUCGUUUCGUUAAGAGAGACGUUGUAAUAAAUAUGAUGUCGAUACUACGUGCGAUGUUUUCUUAAUAAGUUUUUAUUACGUUUUAUGAUAUGUCUGUACAGUUAGACGUUAUGCACUUUUUGCUGAUUUUUGCAGUAUACGUAUAUACUAUGGUGUUUCUUUAGCUAGUGUAUCUAUUUUUAUUUAAAUCAAUUGGAUAACUAUAGAGAAUUUUAUUUUAAUUUUCUUUAUUGACAUGUAUUGACUAAGACCUGUGCUCAUAAUAACUUAUGCAGAUGCUGAGCGAUCGAACAAAUAUGAUUGAAAAGUAGAAACACUAUAUCGAAAGUAACAUAAGUAAUGUUUGUUCAUAACGAGUACUGCGAUGUAGAAUAUAUUAUAAUAAAACCAUUAAAUAUUCCUUUAUUUUCCUCGAAUUCAUAACUUGUACACAUACAUCCAAAAUUGAUAGUAAAAAGCAACAUAACCGAC